UCGGGUGGACAAUGUCGCGCAAGCGGAGCAGAGCUCAGGCUGAGACACAGGGACAGACCGUACUCGACGAGGGGACGUACCAGGCCGGCCUGGCCAACGCUGUCGAGGCCGAGUUCUUCCCGCAACUUCCACUGCUCCGGCUGCGGGCUCAACUCGCUGAGGCCGAAGAUGCUGGAGAUGCUCUGCGCGUCCGUGGCCUCCGGGCGGCCAUCGCUUCCCGGAGUAGAUCAUCGACCAGACAAGGUCUCAAGGCCGACUCGGGCUCGGGCUCGGGCUCGGGCUCGGGCUCCGACUCUGAUGACGACGGCGACGAGCGGAGCAGGGUGGCCAAGCGCGCACGCACACUGGGUGUCACCCGCUAUCUGGCUACAUACGUCUCUGAAGAUAAUGCAGCGUUUGAAGAGGCACACAUCGCGCCGAGAAGCACAUCAGGCGCGCCCGGCUCGUCACUGGCUAUGGUCCCGCUCGCCGGAAUGGGAUCCAGUGCGGUUGCGGGCGGGUUGCUAGAGAACGGCACGGCGCGACAGAGCGAUGACGACGGCACUGAGCCGCGCAUUCUCCCGGUCAACACCAACUUUAGCCAGCCACCGCCGCAGCCCGCAGCCGGUGCCCACGCCGCCGAGGAGACCAUGACUGUCGACGGUGUGUCGGUCCGCAUCGGGCGGUCAUCCAGCAAGUCCGGGCCGACGGUUAAUGGCUACUCGUUUGUGCGCGAGCCAAGCGCACCGCAGGCGGGUGGCGGAUACACCCUUCCGCCGGUGCGGCAGCGGGAGCGGGCGGCGGCAAAGAUCGGCGCCCGCUACGCGGCUGCGCGAGCACAACGCGAGGCGCAGGCAAAGCGAUUUUCGCGGUCGGCGACACCACUGGGCGCAGCACACGCGCUUCGACAUGGCACCCUUUCGCCGGCGCUACGGUCGGCGCUGGCGCGGUCAGGGACUCGGCUGAGAACACCGGCGCUGGCACGAUCAGCGAGCCGCGCCCCGCCGUAGCGGGUCGAACCCGAUCACGCGCGAAGAACUGUGCGUGGUGGGCGCUUGGUUGGCUGCCGGUCCGAGACUGUUGACAGAGUAAAGCCCGGCAGAG